UUUAAACAAACUCAAAGCCCAACAAAAAAAAAUAGAUCUGGAUUAUUCAAAUUAUGAUGAGAAGUGUGUCACUAAUCUUUAGCAGUUGAGAAAUAAUUGAAAUGGAACCAACUUUUCUCUUAAUUAAAGCUUAUUAAUAUACAUUUUUCAAGCUCAUUAUCAUGUCUAAACAAAAAAUGAAACAACUAGCACUCAUCUUCUUCCUAGUAACAAUUCUCCAUAAUAAGCCAUCCAAAGCUCAACCUCCUACCGUUAACCCAUAUGCAGCACUCCACAUUACUCCGAACCCGGACGGGUCGAUAACCCGAAUCAAAGAGUUUUUCCCAACGGUCCCACCAAAUACUACCACUUCUUUGGCCUUUUCCAAAGAUGUCCCUCUUAACCCGAAUAACAAGACGUGGGUUCGACUCUACUUGCCCUCCGGGCCGCCCGGAUAUUUAAAUAACCUGCCCGUCGUGGUAUUCGCCCACGGUGGGGGGUUUAUCCUACUGAGCACGGCCGGCCCUGAUAUCGACUUAUUUCUCUCUAGCACGGCGAGUAAACUCCGCGUGUUAGUUGUCUCGGUUGAGUACCGUCUCGCCCCCGAGCACCGCCUCCCGGCCGCGUACGACGACGUUUUGGAGGCGUUGUAUUGGGUGAAGGAUAAGAAGGAUGAGUGGGUUAAAAAUUAUGGGAAUGUGUCAAGGUGCAUUAUGAUGGGGGAGAGUGUAGGGGGAAAUAUAGUGUACAACGUUGGAUUACGAGCUUCUGUUAUGACACCUGCGUUAAAGCCGUUAGUCAUACGAGGUUUAGUCCUAAUCCAACCGUUUUUCGGAGGGGCGGAUCUUGAUCGUGGUUAUACGAAUCCUAAUAUGCAAGUAAUUGCUAAUUUAUUGUGGAAUUUGUCUCUACCACUUGGGGAAAAUCGGAACAAUCCUUAUUUUAACCCGAUUUUCGGCGGCGGGUCGAGUAAUUUGGAUAAAAUCCGCGGGUUGGGUUGGCGGGUCGCAUUUGCGGGUUGUGACGGGGAUUUUAUUUUUGACAGGCAAGUGAAGGUGUUCGAAUUUUUCAAGAAACGAGGGUUGGAUGUUGUUAGUCAUUUUGGUAAAGGCUAUAACCAUGGUGUUUUUAUUGGAAAUCCUUCUGAAUCUCAAACGUUAUUUGAAUUUGUGCGAAAUGUAUUUUCUCCCUAUUUAGUUUCUUGAAUCAUUAUUAUGCGGCUUAAGCAAGUUUGUGUAAUUUAUAAACUUCGUAUGUUAUCUUAUUCUUGCAAAUAAUAACGACCAAGUCAUAGGUUCGAAUCCCCAUUCAUGUAUUUGUAAUUUAUCUUGUGUUGUGACUCAUUCGCAUUAAAGAUAAAUAGAUUUCGAAAUAUAUUUUCUUCCUA